CACGUUAGCAUCUGGCGCACGCAGGGUGGAAGUGAAGGGAACCGCUCACUUAUCCCUCACGAGCUCUUUGCCAGCCCUGGGAGAUCCCGCAGAUACUUGACAAAUGGCGCAAACGUGUCCCUGAAGCGAGCCUGGCGCAUCCCGAGCGGCGCAAAGCGGCUGUCAACUUGCAAACCCAGCCGGUUAGCCGGAUGGCUAGUGGUAACGAGCCGCCGUGCAUUGUCGGACAAUCGGCUAGCGACGCUCCGGCUAAUGCGCCUUUAGCCACCUCGCCGUCACUGACAUCCCACCGUGCGCUGGCGACACGACAUGUCUGCGUAACUUUUUGUCCGCCGGACACCCUGUCGCUGCAGGAUUUCCACAAUGGGGAGCGAGCGCAGCAAUUGCAGGCCGCAGUUCGGAGACAAUAGCAAGCUAACCCAGCUAGCGAGCUGCCGAGGCUGCUUAGCCCGCUAACGGCUCGUCUCGCCCCGGGUGCGUGUCUGGAGCCGCACUGAGAAAAAAAAAGAAGGUGUCUGCACUAUGGAGGAGGAGGAUAUGACGGAGCAAAUCACAGCAACUUGUAGCCAACCCCUGUUCCACAAUCCAGACCUAACCGUGGCAGACCGGGGCCCAGCACCCUGGCAUCUCAGCUCCGACCUGGUGUCAACCGAGGAGUGGCUCAGUAAUGGCACCUGUGAAGUAGAGACAAUGGACCACCCGGCUCAAAAGAGUGACGACAUGUCCGAGUUUUCGAACAGCGACCUCUCCCUGCCCGAGGUCUGCAUUUCCACCAACAGCAAUAGCCCCGAGGAGGAGAAUAUGAACCACGAGGUCCAGCAAGCUUACAGGAUAUUCACCUGCUUUCUGCUGGACAAGCACAAAGGGAUCGCCGGCCCGUUCCUCCAUCCCGCGGGGCACCAGGAGGCCCAGCACGGUAUCGGAGGCGUCCGGGGACGGGGUCAGGCGCAGCUCAGGCAGUCCAUGUGUUUGCGGCGGAUGGAGGAGAAGUUCACCAGCCAGGAGUAUGGGACAAUAACAGAGUUUGUUGCAGACUUCAGGCUGAUGUUGGAGAACUGUUAUCGCAACCACGGGGUGGACCACUGGAUCUCCAAACAGGCUCAAAAGCUGGAAAUUAUGCUGGAGCAGAAGCUUACAUUACUGUCCAGGACGCUGCGAGAGAAGACCACCUUGGCAGUGACCUCUAAAGGUCGUUUUGGUGCUGAGGAGGAACGUGGAUCGGGGGGCACCUCCACGAGAAGGAGACUGGCGCCUCGGAGCCUGGCUACGAUCACUGUUGGUGGGCAUGAGUCUAUCAUGGUCCAGAGCUUGCGGCAAGAGGAACAACAGAGGGUCAAGGAGGAGAAGAGGCAACGUGAGCUCGAGAAGAAAGAAGCAGAGGAAAUGUCCGCCAAAGAGGUGGAAGAGUGGGAGCAGACCUUAUUGUCACAGGCUUCCCCCCACACUGUGGAUGCACUCUGGGAACUCCCUGCCAUAGGGCAUUUCCUCUGCCUGGCUCAGAGUGCUCUUAACCUCCCAGAGAUUGUAUUUUUUGAGCUGGAGCGUUGUUUGCUGAUGCCUCGCUGCAGCCUCCUACUCUCCAAAAUCAUGUCUUCCCUGCUGUCCCCUCCCCAGCGGAGGGCCACUCUAUCCCGGCGGCCUGCACUGCCUUACCGCCGCUGGGAGUCAGAGCUCAGGCAGAAGGUCAUGACUUGGUAUAGAGUUGUAGGUGCCUCGCAUGAUCAGCCAGGUCGGGCUGAGCAGCUGGGACUCUGCCUCCAAUUUUUCAGCACCCUCGGGGAGGUGAGCCCUAUGGAGGAGAAUCCUUUUCACUUGCUGCCGUUCUACCAGCGAGUGUGGCUUCUGAAAGGCCUGUGUGACAAUGUGUAUGAGACACAGAAGAGUGUGCAGGAUGCUCUGCUGGCCCAGCCUAUCCAUGAAUGUCGGGAGUCUAUUUUGGGCUAUGACAGCCAGGAGAAUGCUUAUAUACAUUUCCCACACUUUUGUGGGGCAGACUUGAGGAUCUACUGCCAGAGCCCCAGCGCACCCCCGGCCUUCCCUUUCCCUUCUGUAUGGGUAAAAAGGCUCGAAAUGGAGCCAGGGUCAGAGGGAGAGGGGUCGGAUGGGAUGAAGGCUGAAGGAAACGAAAGUGACAGGGAGUGGUACGGACGCUCUAUGGACACAGGAGAGUCUGAUGAUUUCGGAAAGGGGAGAGCAGAGACAUUUGGCCUUUUCGAAAGGGAAAAUGGGGAAGAGAAGGAACAUAAAGGUUUGAAAUUCUGGUCAUUGAAGAAGGAGGAGGGGUCUGAAUCAGGGUCCUCUGAUGGAGACUCCUGUAAAGACUCUAAAUUGGACUUAAAAAUACACACUAACUCCGUAGCCCUUCCCUACACCAGCCCAACUAGAAGAUGUGGUAUGAAAAUACCUAGAGAAGAAGAGACAGUAGAGUUGGAGCAUCAAUCCAAGAGAUUGAAACGGAAGAGGGGCUUCUCAUUGUCCUCAAAGCGUACCAUUGAUGCAGAUACACAGGAGCCCUGUCUGAGUGUAGGGGAGCACAGCUACACAGGAAGGUCUCCCGCUCGCUCAGUGAAUCUGGCCUCUCCAACCAAACUGGUGGGUCUUAAAAUUGAAGGAGAAAGUCCCAGUCAGGGAUGCAAAAAUACUUCCUGUAUGCAGUGUUGUGAAAGCAAAACAGGUAAUGCUGAGUCAGAGGGGCGUGGGUGCUGCUGUGGAACACCAGGGUUAGUUUCACAGGUGUCUUCUGAGAGUACUCGGAACUCAAGUGAAGAGAGGGCGAGCGACAAAAUUUGGACUAAAAAGAAAAAACAGCGGAAGAAAAGGCGAGGGAGGGAACAGCUGCCGAGGGUGAAAGAAGAGCACAUGCAGCUGCAGCACGAGGACAGGGUGAGGCUGUGCCCAGCUGAGGCUGCCAAGCCUGCAGUGCGGCGAGUCGCCACAACAAUCAAGACAAAAGACGGGAAGAAAAAACAUAAAACAGGGAAAGAUCUAGAAUCUUCAAAGAACAUUACAGAUGAACCUUCAGUUGAACCAUCCUUCAAGUUGGUUUGCACCAGUCUUCAAGAGUUGCGAGAGCUGAUAAGUAAGACAGAAGAUGAGCUUGAUGACUUGGAGAGCAAUAAGAAGAGACUGCACGGUAGGUGGUAUAAUCGGAGAGAAGCAGUAAAGGACCUCCACAGCACUCUAAUCCGACUACUGAAUGAGCUCUCACCCUGGGAACCCAAACUUGUAAAGGCCUACCAAAGGAACAGGCUUCGUUUGAAGAAGGAAUUUGAUGAUUUCAAGAAGCACCCCGAGUACAAUAAUUUUGUGCGUGAGGAGUGUGUUUCAUCAUCAUCAUCAGAGGAAGAUGAAGAGAGGGAUUUGGGGAAGGACAUGUUUUCCCUCACAGAUGUUUAUAGAAGAUCAGAAGAGGAAGACCUGGAACAUGUGGUACCUAGAGGUCUUUGGAGUGGAGCAAGUACCAGGGGUUUUGUGGCUGACUCUGGUGGAGAAUCCGUGGCGACCUACACACCUCCCAUCCACCUGAAACAGCCUCUGUCCAGCACGGAGACAGGAGUCGGUCUGCUACCAAGAGUUCAGGCUGGCGGCAGAAACACUGCUUCUACUGCUGACUCUGUGCCACCGUCUAGAUCUGAACUGAUCCCAUCAAAUCAAUCCAUUGACUCAAACUCGGCAUGGGCACCAGGGUUAAAAGCCCAGACUCCGCUGCCACUCAGACCCACCAUUCUCCACCCCACCACUGGAUUACCUAAGGGCUACACGCCCAUCCCCACCCUGCUGGCUAAGAGUGUGGGAAACAAAGUGACCUUAAUGAAACGGCCUGCUGAUGGUUCAGGGUUCAACAAUAUAGACAGACAGAGCAAAGGGUCUUUGUUCUCCCUGCCUGCCUCUGCAAUGGUUACGACAAAACUCUCAAAAGCACAAACCUCUAAAUCCAGUUCCCAGCAGUUCUCACAACAAAUGCAGCCGCAAGGACAACAACAGACACAGGUACACAGACAGCCAGGAAUGGCCACAGUGACGGCAGCUCCUCUCAAAUCGCCGCAGGCCAAACCAACCCAGACUGUCCCAGUUAAUCCUGUCAUGAACCACAGCACUGGAGAGAAAGGCCUGCAGCAAGUGGUGAUUCUAACGUCGAAUAUUCUUUUUCCCAAAGCUGAAGACAGGGCGCCGUUUUUACAUCAGCAUCAAUCAAAGGACAUCCAGUCCCCGGUUUCGAAAGUGGCCAGCCCUUUCUGUAUUUCCACCAGUGUGCCUGGGUUCACCAUCCCUGAAAACAGAAUCCCUGUUCAGCAAGUGGCUCCCUUAAAAGAUGCGAGGACAGUAAGAACACCCUCUCCUUCUUUCCCCCCUCGUCAGCAACAGGGGGUCCUGAACAAGAGGGCACAUAUCUGCAGCCCCCAAGCCAGCUCACCACACGGUGUCAUGCCAAACCUCUCACCCAUCAGGUCUACUUCCAGUGCAGUUUCUACUGAGCCUCUUGAAUCUAAAGAACUUAAGCAGGAGCUCAAGACCGUGUGUAUCCGUGACUCGCAGUCAAUCCUGGUAACAACUAGAGGGGGCAACACGGGCAUCGUCAGAGUUCAGUCAUCCUCAGUCCACGGUGGGCUUGGCUCUUUGCCCGCCAGUCCAGUCAUCACCAUCUCACCUCAGUUUAAAGCCUUCCUGGUAUCCAAGUCGUCAACGGCGUUUUCUCCAUCUCCUCCGGCUCAGACGUCCCCUUUCAGCAUCCCGGCAGUGACGAGUGUCUCAGUGGCCCCACCUCAGAAGCAGGAUCCCUCGGUUUUAAAGACUCUUUCCACUCUCACAUCCCCCAUGCACACUGCAGUCACUGGUAGCAUUCCCAUUGCAGUCCCAGGAAGCCAGACUACAGCUACUUCUGUUGCUCUAAGUCAAGACUCUUACACCUCAGCUUGUUCUACAGCUGCAAAAAAGAUUGGCCAGCUAGCGCAGACAGCCGCCGCUGCUGCUUCACAUUUUCAGACUUCAUUGGUAAAAAAUACUGUCGCUGUCCCAUCACUGAGUAGUUCUGGUGUUCCCCAAGUUCUCACACAAGCAGAAGUCAGCAAGAUGGGUGUAAAACGGCUCAGUACAGAUGAGCGAUCCCAAGUAACUAAAUUCAUCCUGGUCACUCCCUCCUCAACCCCCACCUCAACUGUAGCUUUAUCAAGAGGCACAACCUCUUCCACAAAGUCACCUACUAGUUCCAGAGUCAUGUUUAUCAGCCAGCCUUCAGCCACAUCUUCCCCCACCUUCAUGGGAAGCAUUCCAAAGCAGGCGAUAGCAGCAGCAGCCAGUGGACAGCAGCUGACCACUUCAUUACCCAGUCAGACUCUAAAGAUGGGAUCAAGCCCUGCUCAACACAUCAGCAGUUCAGCAUCGCCCAUGGUCCAGAACAUCAGUCUGCCCUCAGGGGUUCAAAUCCAGUUGUCAGGAAAGACGACAACCAUUGGACAGACCAUUGGUGCCCUGUCACGUUCUCCUUCCAAGAGCACUUAUCUCUCAGAUACAGGCUGUCCCACAGCUGCCACCCAUGGACUGGUCCCCGUCACAAAUAUCAUCACACCCUGUCCUGCACAGCAUGCCCCUCACGCUACCCUGACCACCAGCUCUCCACUCCAGGGUACCGCUUCCUUCACUAUGCUCUCCCAGACAGGCAUGUCCACAUCUGCUGCAGCCACUCUGCCCACAGGAAACACGAUCCAGAAACACCUCAGUAUGUGCGCAAGCGAACCACCCAGCAGCACUCCUGCUCAGGUAAACACUACUGUGCAGAGUAGUCCAGCUCAAACCUCCACAUCCCCUCAUGUCCGUCAGCAAUCCUAUAUCCAAAGUGGCAUUGGUGAGAAAACUUCCUUCUCAUCUUCCUCUCAACUUGUUCAAAAUUAUAACCAUAAAUCCAUUUCCUCAGCAACAACCACCAGUCCCCCAUUCUCCACCUCUUCUACUGGCACAAUCCAGCAGAGGGUAGUCAUCAACACGUCUACACCCCUUGCAGCUGGCACGCAGAUCAUUCUUAACAAUGCACGCUUUGUAGUCCCUCCCCAGGGUUUAGGUCCAGGCAGUCAUGUCCUUAUCAUCUCUAGCCCUGCACCACAGCAAGUGCCUACUGCCAGCGUUACCAGCACUGGAGCAUCAGCACCUCCCCUCGGGGCAGGCCAUCUCACUGUAGCCCCUCAAGCGCCAGUUUUACCCCAGUCCCCAGCUAGGCUACCUGGUGUACCAGCUGUGAGUUCUCCUUUUGUAACCUGCUCACCUGCUGUUGGUCCUACACUGUUAGCAACCACUCCCAAUGUCAAACCAGUUCAACUAACAGCAGCACCUGGCCUCGGCUCAACAAUGUCACACAGUAGAACAAAUGUGUCUGCUCUGCCUAGCUUGUCAUCGGUGCAGGCCGGUCACUUUGCAUCAUCUCCUUUAGGUUCACCCACUCUGGUCUCACCCCCACCAAGGCUGGGCAGUGUACCGUCUCUAUUCUCCCCAGUGGUUACUAGCGCCCCUGCUUUUCAUUCAGCCCUGGCUCCAUUUAGGUUACCUGCAGGUACAGCCACGCAGGCUAACUGUUCAACCACAGUCUUGUCUGCAGUAGCACACUCACUGCCCAGAUUUUCAGUCCCUCUUUCAUCCCUGUCAGUUUUACCCAGCCCAUCAGCUGUAUCUCUGUCUAGUCCUGUCUUACCAGUUCCAACGCCCAUGUCCUCUGCCGCAGCUCCUCUGAUAACAGGCACACCUCUGUCUUCUGUUGCUGCCCAGCAGUGUCAAAGCAUAAGGUCUCAGCAGGCAGCCGUUAGAAUGGUUGAAUCCUCCACAGCUCUAUCACAGGCUUUACUGCACACGGGACUAAGCAACACUUGUUUCAGAAAGCAGGUGCCUGCACUCAUGCAACCUGUGCUUGCUGGCACACGAACACAAGUAGUGCCAACAGUGGCUGUCCCACCAAUUGUCAGCACUGUAUCUAGGAUGCAAACGCUCCCAGUUGCUACGGUCCCACCAAUCGGAAGUACUGUUACUACCUAUGAAACAGCAUUAGUGGGGACAACGCCUCCAUCCAGCAGCACUGUAAUGAUCACUUCAGCUCAACCACUAACAUCAGUGAAGACAAACGCCACCAUCCACCCACCUGUCUUUCUGACCAAUCCAGCACUUGGAAAGCACUCUUUGCAGACAUCCGCCUUGGGUUUUCAUACCAACGUAGCAUCCAAGCUACUAAUUAGUCCUGACGGGGCUGUUCUGAGCACGGCUCAAUGCCAGGUCAAUCCGACAGAGCUGCCUGCCUGCCCCAAACCUCUGGAUGCACUGCUGGUUUCCCCCAACAGUUCCCGCGGAGCACUACUCACACAUGAUUCCUCUUUUCUGCCUCCGCAGGCAGACACAAAGUGAAUCAGUCAUAUCCAUCGCUUGUAUUAAUCCUGGGAUUAGUUAAAUAACUGUUUUCCAGCUGUAGUUUGAUUCAUAAUUUACAUUUAGGACACAGUAGGUCUUACUCUGGUUAGAUCAUCUUCUAGGUAAACUGUAUACUCAAUCGAACUUACUGGAAAUGUAUACUGUGAUGGUUUACUUAAGUGGAAAAAGUUGAUGUUGCCCUGAUGAAUGUUAUAGACUAUUGACUUUCCUCUUUUUUCACCUAAUGGCCAGUAAUGACAACUGUUGUAACAAAAUGAGUAGAAAAUGGGAUGUUCACUAAUUUCAGCUCAAGUUUUUUUAAAUACUUUUCAUUGCAAUUGGACACUGCUUCAGUAAGUCAUAUUUGGGAUACUCUUCAUUGGUUCAUUCAUUGGUAUCCAGAUUUAGUCACGUUGUCCUUUUUUCAACUAGUUACAGUUCGAGAACUACAUUUUACUUUUUAGAAAUAUAAAUAAACCGAUAGAGGACUUUGUACAACCUGUCUGCGCCCAUAUAAAGUCACAUUUAUUUAUUUUUACCAUAUAGAUUUUUCAAAAGAUAUUUACUAGAUACACUUUCAUUGAAAAUUGUGGACGUAAUUGCAUGGAAAUAAACAAUGCGACUGUCCCCAGCAA